GCCCCAGAGCAACGGACGUGAAAUCGUGUAUUUUUGUGGGCUGUGUAUUGCAUUCGUCGAGCGUCGGUAAAACUGAACGUCAAGCGAGAGAACUGAACGAAUUGGCCAAUUUGAAUAGCUUGUGAAUUGGAAACGGUCAAAUCAAAAUCAAUUUGAAGUUACUCAAACAAAGCCGUAACAAAUAACAUGAAUUUAAGGUUCCGCCUGUUCUAAAUUCUUGCCAAACAGAUAUAGAACUUUAUGAUCCUUGAUUGCACACUGCUAAAUCAAAGUAAAAUCAACACAAAUUAAAAUUACACACCAAAUUCCAAGGCCAUGUGGAGUUACUAAACCAGCUGAUCCAAACAUCAUGGUGAAGAUCGAGGAAGGUCUGCCGUCCAGCGAGAUCAGCGCCCACAGUCACCACUUUCAGCACCACCACCACCCACUGCCGCCCACCACCCACCAUUCCGCGCUCCAAAGUUCUCAUCCCGUCGGCCUGAAUCUUACCAAUCUAAUGAAAAUGGCCAGGACACCGCACUUGAAGUCCAGCUUUUCCAUUAAUGCCAUUCUACCCGAGACGGUGGAGCAUCACGACGAUGAUGAGGACGAGGAUGUGGAGAAGAAGUCACCGGCAAAAUUUCCGCCCAACCAUAAUAACAACAAUCUGAAUCCGACGAACUGGGGAUCAUCGGAGGAUCAUGAGGCGGAAAGCGAUCCCGAAUCGGAUCUCGAUGUGACCUCCAUGUCGCCGGCACCCGUUGCGAAUGCCAACGAAAGCGAUCCGGAUGAAGUCGACGAGGAGUUUGUGGAAGAGGAUAUUGAAUGUGAUGGCGAGACAACCGAUGGCGAUGCGGAAAAUAAAUCCAACGAUGGCAAACCGGUGAAGGAUAAGAAGGGCAACGAAAAGCCACCGUACAGCUAUAAUGCCCUGAUCAUGAUGGCCAUUCGUCAGAGUUCCGAGAAGCGUCUAACACUGAAUGGCAUCUACGAGUACAUCAUGACCAAUCAUCCGUACUACCGGGACAACAAGCAGGGCUGGCAGAACUCCAUUCGCCACAACUUGAGCCUGAACAAGUGCUUCGUGAAGGUGCCCCGGCACUAUGAUGAUCCCGGCAAGGGCAACUACUGGAUGCUGGAUCCCUCGGCGGAGGAUGUAUUCAUUGGCGGAUCGACGGGCAAGCUGAGAAGGAGAACCACAGCCGCCUCGCGCUCCCGCCUGGCGGCUUUCAAGAGAUCCCUGAUAGGACCCAUGUUCCCAGGACUGGCUGCCUAUCCCCAGUUUGGCCAAUUCCUCACCUAUCCGCCGACGGCGCCCAGCUUGCUGGCCAGCAUGUAUCAGCGUUACAAUCCCUUUGCCCCGAAGAGUGGACCUGGACAUCCGGGCUUGCCACCGGGCUUGCCGGGAUUACCCGGACCACCGGGUGGCCCCCAAGGACCGCCGGGACCCCCGCCUCCGCCCUUCGUUGCACCGCCCACGAGCAGUGAGCUCUACCAGCGAUUGCAGUACCAACAGCUGUUGCAUCAACAUGCGGCAGCCGCCGCAUUGGCGGCACAUCAAAGGCAACUCUCGGUGGCGGCAGCAACGGCGGCAUCCCAACCACCGCCCAGCCAUCACCACCCACACCUGGCGGUGGGUCAGGCGCCCCAUUCGCCUGGCGGGGAUUCGCCGGGUCCCUCGCCACAGCCCCUCAUCAAGCCCGUCACUGUGGUGUCCCGCAACAGCUGAAGAUUCUGGACAGAAGAAUCCAGCGAUUCUUUGGCUUGAGGAGCAGCAUCUGUAGCUCAUAAGUAUUCACUGUACAUAGAUAUAGCCGCGACUGAGGCGCUAGACGCUUGUAAAUAGUUGAGAACUGGGGGAAAUAUACGAAAACUAAAGAAAGAACCUAAACUAAAACCAAAUUCGGUUGACCGGAUUUCAUGGAAGCCUUUGCAGAGGAGAUCAAUCGUUAUAAAAACAUAUUUUUAUUGGAAUUCUAAGAUAAAAGGUCUAAAUCAAAAUUAAAUAUUUUGUCUAAAUGAGAAUUCAGCUCAAAAUAAAACCACUAAUUUUAGUAUCAAUAAAUGUAUUUGUUACGUUAUUAAAUCCCAGACAAUAUCAAUCCUAUAGCAGCUUGAGAAUGUUAUAAGAAUCCCCUUAAAAACCUGAUUUUAAAUACCGCUGCAAAGGCUUUUCCCAGCGAGUGUUUCAGAGUUGGUAACUUGUUGUCACAUAUCCGCGAUAUAUGUAAUAUGAUUAACGAUACUUAAGCGCUGCAGCAAAGAACUAAGCACCAUUUAAUUUAUAUAUUAUUGUAUAUUUAGACACCCAACGAAGCGAUUGA